AUGGACUCUGCCCUCUCCAGCUGGGCCUCUGCUCUGGGCUCUGGCCUGCUGGCUCCAGCAGCUCAGCUCAGACCUCGGUGCUUCCUCCAGGGCCCUGGUGCCCGAUUUCCCGUCAAUGUCUUCUUGUCGGCCGCGAUUAUCCGGCAAAUGCUGAGCCCGGCGCGUGUCCUGUGCUGGUUCUGCGCUGCCAACGGCGCCCUUGCCGGCCUUCUGGAGAAGCCGCUUCACCAGCUUGGUGGUUCAGCAAUACCUACCAGCUACCUUCUGAAGCACCUAGAUGGCGUCCCUAAAACGACGCAGCGACGACUGAUCUGUGCUCAACCCUCCUGGGAUCCGACGAGCAAGCCGCUGGUUACACUGGGACAGCAGCCAAUUGGGGCCCAAGACGGAAUGCUAGCGGUCUUUCGGCGACCACUGGCGCCGCGGCCGUCUGGCCGAUGGCCGAUGGCUGCUGCUGCUGCUGCCCUCGCCUCGCUGAUCCGGUCGUCAGUGGACGAAACAGCGCGCCAUGGGCCUUUGUUGGGCGCCGUUGCGUCGACCAGCUUACCCCGCCUCUGCCGCGCACCACCUCGCAUCGUUCGACGCUGUUCCCUCGCUCCUCUGCAUCCCAAGCCCAGCUGCUGA